AUGUUGCUGCUGCCGCUGGUAAUCUAACAUAGUUGUGCGUGCGCGUUUCGAAUGCGUCUGCGGCUGCUAUAAUAGUCUGCUUUGGGCCGCGUACACCGCCGACCGCUUUGUUUGCGCUUUACCUGUACGCAAUUUACAACGCAGUUACCGCUCAGCGGCCGGACCACAGUCGUAAACCGUUCGCCGAUUCCUGAGGCUGCGCCGCAGUCCCGCCGUCCAGUCCCGCGCAGGUGUUGGCGUACGCAUCGCGGAUUUUCGUCCCGCUUUUUGUGUCCCGUCGCACACGAACCGACCCCGACGUCGAGAUGACCGAGCUCAACAGCAACCUGGACUUUGUUUUCGGCCUGUUGGACGACAUUAACAUAUUCUUGGACGGAAGAAGUAACCAUGAACUGAACCAUUUAAAUCUUCAUCUGUUGAUUUUGGACCGCGUACACAUAAAAGGCGGACGAUUAUCGAAGCACGGUCUUAGGCUGAGUUUUUUCGUCAUGUACAUCAAUUCAGAUUUGAAAAACUGCUUGUGGAUACGAGAUAAUAAUUCCGUGUUGCACCCAUGUGUUGCGCGCUUCAAACACGGCACGCCUAUCGCCACCGAAGUGUUUGUUAAAGUGGCCAAGUAUAUGUCUUUGAUGCCGUACAUGAUGGAGUCAAUAAUGUGCACCCCGUAUAUGUUUUGCCGUGAUCUGAUCGACAUUGCUAUUGAUGAUUUGAAAGAUUUAGAUCCCAUAAGUCAUCUGUCGUCGUCGGAGGUUAUAAUUAAGGCGCUCGUAAGGAACCUGAAGCGUAUGCCCGUUCAGAGUGAUCAAUUUGCCGCGGUCACCGAACAUAUUAACAAACUCUUGAUGGUCUACAACAAAGACACGUUGCCCAAAGCUAUUGAGAAAUUAAAUCCCGAGACACAGCAGAAAGAAAUUACUCGAUACAUGGGACACCGAGUGAGGAGCAUAUUUAAAAUUUUGGUUAGCCUAAUCAAAUUCAACAACUCUUUGGACACAUACACACAAUAUCCGUUGUACAAACUGCAACUGUUACGCGACGUGUGCAUCAACCCUGAUCCGACCAAUCCAAUGUUACAAAAAUUUCUCGACGUCAUCAUACACAAGUUGAUGAAUUUGUGCGAUUUCAACAUAAACACAUGGCUGGAUUGGUACGAAAUCGUAGUCACCGAAGAAGACUCCAACUUGCAGACGAUAAUCGGCGAACUGUGUUACGAUUUGUGCGAACUCAUCAACAAAAAAAGCAUUACACAUAAGGAGCUGUUGAACUUCAUGCCGGUCUUGCGCAAUGUGGCAGUGGAAAAAAUCGAUUACGACGAGGUCGACACCAAUGACAUAAACGGAGUCAUCGAACGCGUCAAAACCACCGAGAAACAUCUCAAUGGGUGGGUAAAGAAAUUGAUCGAGAACAACGACGUGUUCACCCACUCGGAAGCCAUCAAAACGUUGAUUGAAAAUAUGAAUCGCAUUGAUUACUGUUGCUUUAAACACAUCAUCGACCGUUCCGUUGCUCACGUCAAAGGUGGAGGUCCGAUGUCCGAAGGAAUGGCCAACGUCAUAUUGAAAGGUAUUGAGUGUUUGUCCAACGAAGACAAAUUGAAACUGCUGAAGCAUUUCUUCGUCAAUCAUUCGACUUGUGAACUAUAUUUGUCAACAAACUUCGACGAAUUAUUGCAUUUUGUGUUGAACAACGACGGCAACAAAGAGAUAAAUCAAGAUGAUUUUAUGACAAAAUUAACAUGGAUAGUUUUACAACAGCCAAAGAAAAUGUUUCACAUUUUAAUGUCGCAAUACAUUAUCACUUCGGGCGAUUUUCCGAUGAAAUCGUUGACCGACGAAAAAACCGUCUUGUACCAAGUGUUGGUCAGCAUGCACAAACACAUGGACAUCGCCACAGUGUGUCAGGAAUACCGUGAAUGGUUGGAUGUUAAAAACACAUUGAACGAAACCGAAACAGAAUUAUUCAACAGAUGGAUUUCCGUCGUCAGCAGUAAGGAAUUGAGUCUAAUCAAACCGCAAGACUUUCUCAUUGACGUUUUACUGCCACUGCUGAUUCCGACCACAAACUAUGGGCAUUUGAUACAGUUGAUCAAUUUGAUUAGGUUCUUCAUUAGAUCUUGCACCGGAUCGUCGUUGCCCAACGUAGACGUAUGGGGAGCGUUAAUAUUCCGACUCGCUAAGAUACUGGACCAUGCUCGUUGGAACUUGGAAACUUACUCUCCCAGCAGAGUAGACUUGUGCGAGAAAAUUUCCCUGACCGUCUAUCUUGUGAUCGAACACUUCCUCUCAGUCGCCCACAUCGAUGAAGUACGAGCAUUACAAAAGAAGUUAGCGCAGUUCCCGUUAAUCACACGGAGCCAUUUUUUGAACAUAUUCAAAUUCGAGCCCAUCACGGUCGACGGAUUGGACGAACAGUUCAUCAUGACUAUUCAUUCGAAAAAUCACAUAUCCUUCUCAAACUUGAACGGGUCGUCCACACAGCAAAUGAAAGAGGAAUUCAUUUUCAGCAUAGCUACGUAUUUGCCCAGAUGUACGCUGAGCGAAAUGAAGUACUUCAUCGACAACUAUUUCAGUACGGCCGACGAAUCCAAACGUCCGGAGGCGACCAGUUUCCUGUUGGAUUCCGUCAUCAGUGCGUUCAUGAGAAUUGUCGUCUUCCUGAAGACGGCCGAGAACAACGAUCCGGAAGUGCAAAAGUGUACGUGGGACUGUUUGGAGAACUCGGUCGUAAACUUCCUCGAUCUUGUCAACAACACCGAGAUGUCUUGUAUAUAUCAAUGCGGCGAUUCCGAUUUGGUGUUUCAAGCGCUUACCAAACUGAUCAUGAUCACCAAGCAGUUGGACAACGGCCGUCAAGUGCCGCUGUUGGUCAUCAUACGCCGUCUCAUCAACAACUGUUUCAGGCUGAUGAACGACGAGCUGAUCAAGAAAAUUUUGGCUCAGAUCGCUACGAUAAAGUCGGUCAACGCCAAAGACACGUUGGGCGAAACCACUCAAAAACUACUCGAACACCUUACCUCGAGAUCUAGUCAAACAUCAUCUCAACAAUAAGCUUUUCUUGUCCCCAUCUCAUUGUUUUUUUUUUUUUAAUUAACCAUGUUAAUUAUUUAAUUUGUUUUCUUCGAAUAUAGCAACUUUUAUUUUCAUUUAAGAUAAAAGUGGCUAAAUCAGUAUUUAGUGAUUUUUUUAUUUUAUUUAUAAUAGUAUUUUUAUUUUAUUUAUAAAUAUUGUAAACGUUACUUUUCGUUAUUUCUUUCUUUUAACAUUCUUUGUCAGAAAAAAAAAAUGUACAUAAACAGAAAACGCUUCGAGUACAAAUUACAAUUAUUAUUAUUAUUUGUUAAAAACCAAACCAAUAAUAUUUGUUUACGUAUUUUUCUGCUUAUUGUUGACCGUUUAGUCGUUUGACACGUUAUACCUCGCGUUUAAAUAAGAAUUGCUACAUCGUCUUCGACAAAAAAAAAACAGUUAACCGCGUUGAAGUUGAUAUUUUUUACAUUUUAAUUCACCGUUUUACGUUCAGUUUAAAAAUCAAAGUCGGUUUUUUAACUAAAAAUCCAAAAAUAUUCUAGAAUCAAAGUAUACAUUGUCAAUCGCUGCUAAAAUCGAAAGCAAGAAGAAAAAUAAUAUUGUACUGUGAACUCUAAUAGUAUAAAAAAAUAUUUAUUAAAGUAUUUGUAAGAAAAUUAAAAUCGCAUAUUAAAAUAUGAUAAAAAUGUACUUUUGAACAUUCAAACGAUAAAAUUAAAUUAUUCAUAUUUAGCGAAAUUCCUUUGAUAACAAUUAUUAUUAUCUUGUGAAGAGCGCACUCGACUAUGUUUUCCGUUAAGAAGAUCUCUUAUGAUAUUGUAACGUUGUAUUUGGAUAAGAUGUAUGGGUUUUCUUUCUAUUGUUAUUAUUAUUAAUUUAUUUAAUCUACAUUGUUAUUAUGUCUUGAAAUUCUUCACCAAAACUACAUAUGUGCAAAGUCCAGAAAUUAAUCUCCUUAACGAUUACAUGUUUUACUUAAGUUCGAUAAAUUUUAAAGCGAUAGUUUUGUUUGUUAUUAACUGUUUUCUUUGUUGCCAAAAUUAAUCCGCCACUGUGUAACGUGUUAAAUUUUUUUGCCAAAUUAAGACCAAAUAAGUUUGUCGAUUCUUAAUUUGUAAAAAAAAAUUCAAUUCUUUCGAACAAACGCAAGUCUAUCACUAGUUUUGUUUUUCAUUACCGUAAUAAUUAAUUUUUUUCUUUUGAAUUUGUAUUAUUCCCCCCCCCCCAUCUAAUGUACGAUACAACGACGUAGCAAUAUUUGUGAACAAUAUUAUAUUACGAUACCGAUCUCUUUUUACGUGUGCGUACUGAACUCGGGUCGAGACCGACUAGAUUUAAGGUGUACACACAUUUUUGUUAAUCGUAGCAAUUGUUCAGAGUAGACUUAAAUUAUUUAGCGUAACGCACGUUUAACAUUUUGCGAACAUAUUAUAAUUAUUUAUUGCACAGUUGAACAUUUUAAUGUAUUGUCGUUUGUUCUUAAUGUUUGUAAGUUAACACAUAAUGAGUAAUAGUUAGUUUAAAUUGUGUAUAAAGAAAAAAAAAAUACCUUAUAAUUAUAAUAAUUUCCUUACUAUUCAUCGAGAUUUAGUCUUUAACACUUAAGUAGUAGUUAAAUAUAUAUUUCGGCACAAUACGCACACAGCUGUAUGUAUUUAUUUAUUUUGAUUAGCUAGUCUAGUUUUAACGUUAUAAUAUAAAUCCAAUACGAUUAAUUUAAUUACUUACAAGUCGAUUUAUAAAAUUAGUAACACAGUGAAAGUUAAGUAACUUGAUUGUCAUUUGAGAUAGAAGCUUUUUUUAAUAUAACCUUGUUUUGUGUAUUGUACUAUUUAUAUUGUAUGUAUUUUAGUCGAGUAGCUGAAAAUUAAAUAUACGAUAUUUAAC